AUGGCCGACCUGAUCAGCAGUGGAGAGCUAGGCCGGAGGCCAGGGCAGGAGCGACUAGACCUUUUGCUGGUUGGCGAUGCCACAAGAUACUUCCUGACUGGCUCUGUUCAGAAGUUCUUCUCCACCACAGCGCAGAUCACCCUGACCGUGAGCGACGUGAAGAAGGUGGCUGCGCUUUUGGUUGCAAACUCUUUUGACAUCGUGUUCUUGAAGGUGACUUCCACCUUAACUGUGGAGGAACUGGAGGCUGUCAAGUUAAUCAGAUCCGGCAAGAAGAAAAACAUAUAUUUGCUGUUUGUUUUUAUAAUGCCUGAAGAAUUUAAAGGCUGUAUUUCAGAAUAUGGAGUGGAUAUUAGUUUCACUGAGCCUCUGACCUUGGAAAAGAUGAACACGGUGGUAAAGUACUGGAAAACAUUUUUCAUAAAUAUGGAUGUGGAAAGCAUUAAGAGGCUUCCGGAAUGUGGACUGCACCUCCAGACUUCCCGCAGUGACUUUUCUACUGAUCUGUUUCUUUGCUUUGGGCAGCUGAAAAAUGACCCCGAACUUGGAGGAAAGGCCCCAGUGCCGGGUCCCCAGAGAAUCAGGAAGACUUCUCUUCUUCACUCAAGCAAAGAAAAGCUGAGGAGAGAGCGCAUCAAGUUUUCCUGCGAGCAGCUGCGCACUCUCCUUCCACACGUCAAGGGGAGGAAGAGCGAUGUGGCUUCCGUUAUUGAGGCAACAGUUGAUUAUGUGAAGUAUGUCCGGGACAAUCUCUCUCCAGCCGUCAUGGCCAAGAUUACAGAAUCCAUCCAGAGCAAUAAGAGGUUCUCUAAGAGACACGUGCCUAUUGAUCUGUUCCUUCCAUUUGCGGCCACAUCACAGAGGGAAGAUGCUGUGCUGACAAGCGCUUAUGCGUCUGUGCACGAGAUCCAGUGCUUGAGUGUGUAUCCCGUGCAGGCCGCAGGAAGGCCCGUGGAGGAAGCUGUAAGAGGCCCAUCAUGCUCUGUGUCCGAGAGCCCUAUUGAGGACCUAAUGAAAACCCGAGUCCCCGGCAGCGUGGCCCUCUCUCUGAGUCCCUUCCACGCUGUCAGAUGCUGUUCUGGGACCGUCCCUCCCCAGGACACCGCUGCCAGAAAGAACCAGAACAUUUCCAUUUACCUGCCAUCCGCUGUGCCCAGUGGGUCCAACUUUCUUCCUCAGCACCGCAGCUCCAUGCUUUGCCAAACUCGCCCUGCCGGUUCCAGUUGUCGGUGUACUCCAGGCCACAAGCUUCCCGCCGGUUCUCGCGCUACCUCAUCCAGCGUCUUUGGUGGGUUCCAAGACUCGGACUCAGAGCAUCAGGCUUCUCAGCAAGCGCGUGUCUCCGCCGAGCCAUCUCCCCCACCUCAAGAAGAUGAUUACUUUUAAGAAAAAGAAAUAUUUGAAACCCUGUAGCUUUAGUCACCCAAAGACUCCAGUUGACUUUAUAAACUAUUUCGUGAGAUAGAAAUGCAUCUGUGACGUUGUGAGUAAGAAUGCGCCAGCCUUCAGUUAGUUAAUGUGUGCGGCUCUCUCCUUUUCAGCAGCAGCUGGGGCAUGUUAGCGGUCCAUGGUGGAGGCUCCUGUUAGAGACCACAGGCUGGGCACAGUUGUUCAGUUCAGCAAGAAGGGACAAAGAGAGGUUUUUGAAAGCCACUGGCCUUGGCUUCUGAUGAAUGUGCUGGAAUCUUCCAAAGAUAUAUAGAAAGACAGUUGAUGACAGUGAUAGUCUUGUGUUUUCAGGCAUCUUUAUCCAUUCUGGGACUUCCUGGUCAGAGAAGGGCAAGCAGCAGCAGCCUUAGUCACCCACACAUAUCCAUUCUACCGAAAACUAUUGUUCACUUUGUGAAAAUCGUAUGACAAAGAAGACCUGUGUGGGUAGAGACCGCUAAGACCAGGAAGGCAUGUUGAUCCUCCCAAGGCCACCAAACACAGAUCCUGCAGCCUGCUUAUUUCUGCCACUGAUUUCUAGCUAAUAUCUUUUGUAGAUUUGACAUUUUAACAGCCCCCUUUUCAUUCAUCACCCAAGCUAAAACAUUCAGGGGUGUGUGGAAUGGUGUCUGCUUUUCCACUUGGUGGCUGGGUACAGUAAUGUGCUUCUGGCUGCAUUUCUCAACUACAUGAGUGGGCUGAGAGCCAGGAGAACACCUUCCUCACUGGGCCUUUAGUUACAGACCCACAGAUUUCUGCUUUGUCCUUUCUUCCUACAGGGUGGUAGAGCAACUGUUGGGA